AUGAUAUGUCUGCGCGGCGUCUCCGGCUCUCGCUCGCUUCUGGCAAGUAGCCGCCGGCAUCUACCCACUUUCCGUACCUUUAGCCAGAGCUGUGUAUCCUCAAAGACUUCAGACCCAAACUCUCGAGAUAGGUGGAACUAUAAUGAAUCUUCUCUGUUCGAUGUCGAGGAUCCAUCAGCUCUCCCACAUCAAACUUUUCGACGAGUGACUGCCUCUCAAUUGGCCAAACAGGCCAAGGAACCACCUCGCCGCGUUAAAAUGCUCUCUCGAGACUUUAUCGAUGAUGCGCUUUAUAACCCGCACUAUGGCUACUUUCCAAAACAAGCUACCAUCUUCACCCCUGAAACUCCCUUUGAUUUUGCUGAGAUACCCAAUUCUCGAGUGUUUCAUCAAGCUGUAGCCGAGAGGUAUCGGGAUUAUAGGCUCGAAGCUGGUGUCGGGACGGGGCCUGGACGUCAAGUAUGGCAUACUCCUACCGAACUGUUCAAGCCAUACUACGGCCAUGCGAUAGCCCGAUGCCUCAUAUCGGAAUAUCUUCUCAAAUAUUUCCCAUAUGAGGACCUCGUAAUCUACGAAAUUGGAGCGGGGAACGGAACACUGGCCGAAAAUAUACUAGACUUCCUCCAAAUCGAGCAUCCUGAGGUUUACGAACGAACUCGAUAUCGAAUUAUUGAGAUUAGUGGUAGUCUUGCUGAAAAGCAAACGGAUCGUUUGCAAAGACGACACGCUGGUAUCGUCGAAGUCCUUCACAAAAGUGUGUUUGAUUGGACAGAACAGGAGCCAGCGCCAUGCUUCUUUUUAGCCAUGGAGGUUAUUGACAAUUUCGCCCAUGACAUUAUUCGAUAUGAAUAUGAGACACUCAGACCCCUCCAGGCAAUCGUCGCAAUUAACCAGCUUGGCGACUUUUUCGAACUCUACGAACCUGCGCAUGAUCCGUUAAUAUCCAGGUUCCUCAAUCUUCGCUCCCGCAUUCGACAUAAUUCCCCAGCUCUUGCGCCUUCGCUCGCCAACAACUCUUUUAUGCGAGCAAUCCGUCCUUACUUGCCCUUUGCUCCUAACAUGACGCAACGAGAGUUUAUUCCUACCAAACUCCUUGAGUUCCUCGUCCUCAUACAUGAAAAGUUCCCUCGGCAUCGUUUAUUACUAUCCGAUUUCUCCUCGCUCCCGGACACGAUACCAGGUUACAACGCGCCUGUGGUACAAACGCGCGUAAACGACAUGAUGAUUCCAUGCGAGACAUAUCUCGUCCAUCAAGGAUACUUUGACAUCUUCUUCCCGACCAAUUUUGACCUCCUGAGAGACAUGUACGAGUCUGUCGUCGGGGGCGGGGACGACGAGCGAGGGACCCGGGCAUCACCACUAGGAAGCGUUGCGGGUUCUAUAAAACUUGGGUCGAACUUCUUUUCACCCCAAGGACGCAGAAAACCGAUUGAAGGGGUGUUAUCCUCUAGUGGACUGGCCGUUGGGGAGCGCAAAAGUAACGUCUAUGCGCAUCGUGAGUUCUUAGAAAAGUAUGCCGAUUUGGAUGCGACGACGUUACGCAAUGGGGAGAACCCGAUGUUAGAUUUUUACCAAAAUGUAAAAUUCUUAUUUUAG